AUGUUCAUGAAUGAGAUUGAUAGAUUUCCCGGCAUUAAAAGCAUUGAGGGAGCCAUCCACUGCCAGUGGAGUCCGUUCAGCCCCUGGAGUGAGUGUGAGGGCUGUAACAACACCCAGACUCGCUGGCGAUCAGUCAGGGACUAUGCUCAGUUCGGAGGGCGCCAGUGCCUGGGCAGCAAGUUUCAGUUCCAGUCCUGUUCAGCGACCAGAGGCUGCCCAGUGGACGAGGGAUGUGGAGAGCAUUUCCGAUGUGCUUCAGGCCUGUGCGUCAGUCAGAGCCUGCGGUGUAAUGGCGAUGAGGAUUGUGAGGGAGAUGGAGCAGACGAAAUGAACUGCGGUGAUCGCAAGAUGGCGUGUGACAUCGAUAAAAUCCCCCCUCAGGCUGAGCUGACUGGACGUGGUUUCGAUGUUGUUAAAGGAACAUUUCGGGGCACAGUCAUCAACACCAAAUAUUUUGGGGGGACGUGCCGUAAGGUGCUGAGUGGGGAUAACCGCGAACAUUACCGUCUCCCAGAGAGCAUCCUGCAAUACACCUUCCAGGUGAAGGUGAACAAUGAUUUCCAGUCACGGCGAUACGAGAGCAGCUGGUCGUACCUGAGAACCACGCAGGGCCGGGACGCUGCUACUGGGCAGGGAUUCUUCUCCAGUUACUCCUCAAAUUAUGACCAAUUCACCAACAGGAACAACCAGAAACACAAGGUGCAGACCUACCUGACCAUCGAGAAUGAGGUGGAGGUGGCACAAUUCACCAACAGCCGCCCAGAGAAACUGCAGCUUCCCAGCUCCUUCCAUCAGGAGCUCCUGCAGCUCCCACCCACCUACGACUACGGGGCGUACAGGCGGCUGAUCGAGUUGUACGGCACUCACUAUCUCCGGCAGGGAGCCCUCGGGGGCAAAUACAGCAUGCUCUUCAUGGUGGACAAGGACAAGAUGAACAAAGCAGAUUUUUCGACAACAGACAGUGCCAGCUGUUCACAAACUUCAUUCAACUUCAUCUUCAUCAGUUACGAUAAGUCCAAGUGUGAACAAUACAAGGAGGCCCUGAGAAACGCAAUGGGCACCUCCUCUGGACAGGUGAAGGGUCUGUCUUCGACCCAGGGAGGCCGUCCUGCCUUUGUUGCUGCCCUGAGCCUGAUUAACGUGAGGGACCCCCAGGCCAACAGCGAUGUUUAUCAGCGAUGGGCUGGUUCGGUCAAGGAGUACCCUGUCAUCAUCAACCAAAAGCUCGGCCCUCUCCAUGAGCUGGUGAAGGGUGUGCCCUGUGCUGGGGUGAAGAGACAUUACCUACAGAGGGCGAUUCAGCAAUACAUCGACGAGCUCCAUCCGUGUCAGUGUCGGCCAUGUCUGAACAAUGGGCAGCCAGUGGUGGUGGGCUCCACGUGCCAGUGUUUCUGUAAACCCUACACCUUCGGGCUGGCCUGUGAGAAAGGUCUGCUUGCCCAGGACCAGGAAAGUGGAGUUGGUGUUGCUGGGGGCUGGAGUUGCUGGAGCGGGUGGACGACGUGUCAGAAUGAACAGCGUUCCCGGUCCCGGCGCUGUGAUAACCCCCGGCCCAGCCCCGGGGGGAGGAACUGUCCCGGACAGAGCUCCCAGUCCGAGCGUUGUGAGCACAGAGAGAUGGAAUAUUUACGCCCCUCGCUGCCAGUCUGUGUGGUGGAUGGGAAGACGGACAGGGUCAUGCUGCUGACCCUGUGUAAGCUCCUGGCGUUGGAGUGUUUGGGGCGCAGUUUUGUGCUUGUCCCAGAGAGCACCUGCUCCUCCCUGCCCCCUGCCCCUGCUGCCCGCUGUGGCUCCUGCCCGCUUGGAGAGACCUGCGAUGAGGAGCGGGCCGGCUGUGUGUGUCUGCCCGAGGGUCAGUGCCCUGCCGGAGGGAUUCGAUCCUGUGUCGUGUUGGAGGGAAGCGAGGAGGAGAGGACAGUGAGCGAGUGUGAGGCCGCCGUGUGGAGGUGUCAAAGAAAAAGCUUCACGAUCGUCGCCAGCCGGCCAUGUUCACAACGCUCGACCCCGACCACUGCCUACCACCUGCAGGGUUAAAGGUCACGAGGGUCAGUGCCUGCUGACUCCCUGACCUGCGGCCCCCGGCCUGCACCACAUCCUCUCAAAUCCCGUUCACUGCUCUCCACAACUAUCUGGACCAGCCCCCCAGAUCCUGAAUCCCACACCCUCCCCCACUCCCCCUCAGCUAUGCUCUCUCCCUCGAUCUCAAUAAAAACCUC